AUGCACCCGUCUGAGAGUGCUCGAACAGUGCUAGUACCAGUAGCUUCCGACAGAACGGGCUAUAGAUCCUGGAGGAGAGGUGUUCUCAGAGCACUUUCUGUAAAGAAUAAAGUCGGAUUCAUCACUGGAAAAUGGAAGAAGCCGGGCUCCGAUGAUGCGAACUUUGACCAGUGGGCUCGAUGCGAUGACAAGGUGACGUCGUGGAUUCUUAACUCACUCUCAAAAGACUUGGCAGACAGUUUGCAAUACGUCAGUGAUGCCAAGGAAUUAUGGCAGGAAUUGGAGGAUCGAUACGAUCAAACCAACGGGGCAAAACUCUAUCAGCUUCAGAAAGAGAUAAAUGACCUUAGUCAAGGUGCUUUAGAUAUCACAGGAUACUAUACAAAAAUGAAGAGGCUUUGGGAGGAAUUAACCACUGUAAAUACCCACGCACAAUGCAAUUGUCAAUGCACUUGUGGAGCCAAGGCAAAUAUGCACAAAGCUGAACAGGAUCGCAGACUUAUUCAGUUCCUAAUGGGAUUUAAUGAAGUUUAUACAGUUGUAAGGGGUAGCAUCAUAAUGAUGAACCCAUUACCUAGCAUUGCACAAGCCUUCUCCAUUUUAAUCCAAGAGGAGAAGAUAAGAGAAGUCAAGUCGAGUAACCAAUUGGCCAUGGAAUCUGCAUCACUCAAUGUUAAUUGA